AUGGUGGCUCAGUGGGAGAAGGCAGCUGCAGCAACAGGACACCAAGACAUUCAACUUGCCUCUGAUUGGUUAUUGAAUCACCUUGAUGACCGGACCUUGGAUGAGUCUAUACCAAGGGAAUACAUUGUUUACGCCUGUGCCGUAGGUCCCCUGGGUGAACAGCUGGAUGAGUUCUGGAACAAGUCUCUCUCCCUCUGCGGUCGUAACGGAGCCCAUAGCCUCCUCCCGCACGUCACUCUGUGUUCUUUUAUUGCAUGUCCAGACAGUAAAUGUACCGCACUGACCGAAGCAUUCCAAGAGGUCAUUGACCGGUGGCAGUCCAAGGCUCCUGAAGUCCUGACCUUAGACUUCUAUUCCUCUACAAACUUCAUUGGCCUCUUCUUAGAGGAGAGCCAUGCCGAAUACCUCAGGAAAGUCAUGGCCGAUUUCAGUCAGGAAGCUACUAGUAAAACAGGUGUUAAGGUUGAACCUCACAAGAAGCAGCUCCACCUGACCUUGGCCUACCAGUUUAAUCCAAGCCAUCAAGACGCCUUGGUGAACCUGUCCAAGGAGGUCGACAUCCACUCAGCGGCUCGAUGGGAAUUCAGGCUCUACUCAAGAGAUCCCAGGGCAGCGUCAACAGAAGUUCUUCGAGUUCUGUACGGCCACACACCAAGGGUAGCGGACGAACUGGAGUUGAUUCCAGAUGAUUUCAUCUACAUGUCUGCCAGUGAAUUAGAUAAGAACAGUGAUGGAUGGUUCAAAGGCACGUCUCACAAGACGGGGUGCGAGGGAAUGUUUCCAGGAAACUACACAGAGAAAGCGCCAGAAUCGGAUACAUGGACCGUCCACAGAGUUUUACCAAUCACCAGACCCAGAACAGCUAGCAAUGAUGCCAAGAAAGGUAGUCUAGAUCGUAAAGUUCCUAGUCCUCCGAUUCCUAUCGGAUCAGACCUAGAACACUCUGGUAAUUAUAAGUCAGCAGAGGGCCUCCUUCAAAACCCACAAGAUCACAGUUAUGAAAAUCUAUUGAAGUUAAAGAAGAUGAAUGACGUCCCUGUCCCCACCAAGAAGCAACCUAGGAGAUUAUUUAUCAUCAGACAUGGGGAGAGAGUGGACGUGACAUUUGGUGAACAGUGGCUUAUACAUUGCUUUGAUCAACAAGGAAAAUACCAGAGAAAAAAUCUGAACAUGCCAAAGAAAGUUCCACAGAGACCGGGAGGGGCUCAGGAUUUUAAGAAAGACUCCCCUAUUACGGAAAUCGGAGUGUACCAGGCAAGAAUGACAGGUGAAGCAUUAAAAGCAGCUGGAGUCAAGAUCUCAUACUGCUACUCAUCACCAGCAUUAAGAUGCUCACAGACGGCUCAUGCUGUAUUACAAGGAUUAGAAGCACCCGACGCCGUCAAGAUCUGCGUGGACACCGCCCUCUUUGAAUGGUUAGCAUGGUGUAAAGGCGGACUACCGAAGUGGCUAUCGCCAGCUGAACUCGCGACCUUUGGCCUCAACAUUGACCUGAGUUACAAGGAGAAGCUAGCAGCAAGUGACCUUAACCAGAAGGAAAAUUGUCAGGCGUAUUACAAGAGAAGUGAGAACUUUGUCCGGGAGGUCCUAAAAGAAUGUUCGGACGAUGGAGACAUCUUACUGGUUGGUCAUGCGAGCACGUUGGACAGCAGUUCACGUUGUCUUCAGGGCCUGUCCGCACGGCCGGCCAUGGAGUUCUCUCGUAUUGUCCAGAAGGUCCCCUAUUGCGGUAUCAUCAUGCUGGAGGAGUACGCAGAAUUCAGUAUAUGGGACCUGGUUGCACCGAUCAUACCCACGCUAACGCAUGCACCUAAUGGACGAUUUGAUUGGAGGAUCAUGCAGUCGUAAGAGAAUGUCUACCCAUGUGAUUAGAGAGAGAAUUAAAGAGUAUUCUCCAAAAUGAGGACUGACGAAGUCACAUUGAAAGGGGGGGGGGGCAGGGGUCCAACUGGAUUUUGAGUUAGUUUUUCUAAAAAAUAAAGGAAAGAUUUUGUUAAAGAUUGAUGAAACUCCCGCACAGAAUUAAAGAGAUCAAUUUUCAAUGUUUUGAUUUGUUGGCACCAUUUUAUGAAGCUUGUCAGCGCUGACAAGUUUUCAAUCCCUGAUAGUUACCAUAGUAACAGUCAGUGAUCAGUGCUUCUCAGCCAAUCAAAACCAAGAAUUUCAUUGAAAAUGUCCAGGUGUGUGUUUCAUGAAGCUGUUCGUAAGUUAAGAGCGACUGGUGAUCCUUUCUUUUGAUAAAUGGUAUAAAGCGAAUUGUUCAUUGGCAAUGAUAAUGAGCUGAUAGUGUGAUCAAUUGCAACUCUCAUGAAAUACCCCCAGAUGUCACGUGCAAGCUGCUCCCCCAUGUGACGUAUAAUAUGCAUACAUGUACAUCCACGUCAUCGUCUUAAUUCUUCAUCUACUGUGAGAGAUACACAGUAUGCGGUUCUUGGGAGGGAAGGUUUCAAACAAGAAUUCAGGGACCUGUUUCAUUAUGAACUUACGAUCGAUAACUUUGCCACCCUGGUAUCUACAAUCAUGGAUACGGGGCUUAUCAAAAUGCAAGGUUGAUAUGAUAGUAAUGAUCAACUCACCGUAAUUAUAUGUAUUGGGCCCCUGACGUGCUCAAAGUAGUGAAGCAUGUUCAAAUUUAUUUUAUGUUUAAAUCCUUAGAACAUAGAUAUUAAAUCUAGAUGAUGGUUUUGUUGGCUUUCUGUACAUGAGAUUGAUAAGAUCAUCCACAGCCGUUUGUGAAACGUAGCCCUGAUUUUAUCAGACUAGAGGUCUACAUGUUUAUAGCUUUUAUAUAUUUAUUGUAAAUUAUAUUACCAUGUGCUGAGUGUUACAUGUAUAUCACCUAAAAUGCUACUUACGUGUAUAUUUAUAUAAAGAUAUUACAAACAUUGACCAAGGCAUCAUUCCUUAGAAAGACUUUGUAAAAAUGGAGCACUAAUGAAUAUUAUAUAUUUUUUUCAGAUUAUGGAUGGAUUUGGUACAAGGUGCACAUAUGGAAAACAAAAUAAUUAAAAUUUAUUGAUAUUUUGCUCUUUUUUUGCAUACAUGUACUGGCAAUCAAUUUUUUCAGCAUUUUUACAAGCUUGUAAAACCAUGAUAGUAAUUUCUAUAAUAAUGCAAAUAAUUGACAUACAUAAUCUUUUAUCAUUUAGUGCCUAAUGCUAUUGGCACUUGUGUAUUUAAAUGCUGCAUGAAACUGUCUUGACUUCUCGAUGCUUAAUAAUUAAUUCAUCGUUAGGAAUCAGAGAUAUGACUAUGAGAUAUUUCAAGGAUUAAGGUAAUCUACUUAUUAUGACAGGUGUGAUUAAUGAUCUAAUAGUUCACUGAGUAAAUUGUUUAUUUAAGGAUCAAACAGGUUUUAAUACAAGUUUAUGUUUUAGAAGUAAAAUCUACAGAUUUUACUUUUUUACUGACACAGCAACGCACUCUAAGAGGUGCAUUUCUUUUUCGCUUCCAAGGCACGGAUACAU